AUGAAGUAUGCAUUGACAAAAUUACCCCACCAUAAUAAUAAAAUAAUGGUUGUGGAAACCUGUAAUAUUCUUGAUUUUAGUUACUACAAUGUGUUAACUAAAAAUAAAGUUUAUCAUUACGACGACAGCGAGAAACGAUUUAAAUGCAUCAUUUUACGUCUAUCAGAGUCACGGGAGGAAUUAUCCGACGAAAAUAUUCGCGUUCGAGACCCGGUGAUAACAAAUCCUUCAUCUCUGGAUUCAUCGACCAGUAAUGAUAUGGAAGUGGAAUCAGGGGUCGCUACUGCUAAAUUAUUUAGAAAGAACAAAAAACAAAGUGAAUUGAAGAGUAAGAAACAGAAAACAGAGGAAAUUAUUCAAGUAUAUAAAGAAAACAGGAAAAGUAAUAAUCAACAAGUAAAGGUCUCCAAUGUACACAAAUUAGAUGAUGGCUUAGAGACUGAGCAAUCAGGAUUAAAUUUAUUCAAUGAUUAUGAUUACAUUCAAAAUCAUUUUGAUCCGUCUGCUGAUACGGGAGAUUAUGAUAACAUUCAAAAUCAUUUUGAUCCGUCUGCUGAUACAGGAGACUCCAGCGAUGGACUUGUUUCACCAAGGAAUAAGCGGCUGAUCAAAAGUAGACAAAUCAUUUCAGAAACUGACACGGAUGACGAUAUGUUUGAUGAAAGACAACCUGAACACAUUGAACCAAUUGUUAUCAUAGAAGAUAAACGCAGUGAAGCAAGAGGGGCAGAAUUUAAUCAUGAUAAAAAGAAGGCUCCGCUGUCAAGGUCAUCACAGCAGAAUUUUUCUCGUAGUCGUCCUAUUUUAACUGACGUAACGAACCUAAGUCCAAAUCCGAUGAUGAGGCGACUGAUGGAAGACAACAGACAAAAAGAAGAAGAAAUUUCAAAAUUAAAACUUGAGGCUCAACAAUUGAGAUUGCAAGCAGCUUCUGAUGGACAAAAACUGCAGCAACUACGACAGCAAGUACAACAACUACAACAACAACAACAACAACAACAACAACAUCAACAACCCCAACCACAGCAACGAUCACAUCAACAGCAGCGUUAUGAUCCUUAUUACUAUCUAGAUCACGAUAUGUUUGACGUUGGAGACAACACAACCAUACCAAGUACUAAAGCACGUGCAGCUUUUAAUGCCGAAACCCCGGCUAAAUUUGUUUCAAUUAUGUCUCAUGCUAUGUGGAAUAUUGAGACCCUUUCGCAACGCGUUGUGCGCCGACAAAAAAAUACAAGAGGACGAGAAGAAUUAACUCCACGAAAAAAAGAGUUACUGAAAAUUCAUUAUAGAUAUUACUUGGAACAACAAAAUUAUCCCAAAGGAGAGUUUAAUAGAGAAGUAAAUGAUGUGACGCUAAACAAGUAUUUGGACAGAGCCAUUCAGUCAGCGAAAAGACUAUUUAAAGAAAAUAAUUAA